ACCCCACCUUUGUUUCCCGCAGGUCUGCCAGAAAGGCAAAAUGCACAUCUUCAAAUACCUCAACGUCCAGGCCUGCGGCAAAGGCAGGCCGGACCUGGCCGAGCUGGCCCACCAGGGACGCCCCACCGGUUUCGGCACGUGCCUCCCGGACGAUUUCUACCCGGCGCGGCAACACGGCGGCCUCGACUCGGGCUUCCACAGCGUGGACAGCGGCAGCAAGCGGUGGUCGGGCAACGAGUCCACCGACGAGUUCUCCGACCUCUCCUUCCGCAUCGCCGAGUUGGCCCGCGACCCCAAGCAACUGAGGGAGAAGCGCGGAGGGGCAGGCGACGCCGGCGAACUGGAGCAGAUUGACUACAUCGACAGCAGCGUCAACGGGGAGGAGGAAGAGGAGGAGGAGGAUCCAUUGGGGGAGGAAGAGGCGACGGGGGGCCCUCUGGCCGGGAGGGCCGGCAAGGCGUGGACUGGCUUUCCGGGGACAGUGCCCCACGAGGUAAGGCACAGCGGUCAGCUAGGCCAAGAAAUAGACCCAAAAACUCCGAG